AUGGCAUACUACCAGCAACAGGUCAAUGACCCACAGAAUAUCCAGUUCUAUCAGUCCAGCUAUGGCGAUUCCUACCAAAAGCAAGCAGCAUCAGGCAUAAGUAGCAACCCCAAUAUGGGGUCCAUGGAUACCGGAUUCGGCUCCCACAUAGAUGUCAGCGGAGUCAUGGGUGGUGGAGAGUUGAGCUCUGGUUUGCUUGCCGCGUUUGGCACUUCCGGAUACCCUGGCGAGCCUCCAUUGCUCGAAGAGUUGGGAAUCAACUUCCAGCACAUAAAGGCCAAGACGUGGGCAGUGUUGAACCCGUUGAACCGUAACAUCUCAUCCGAUAUAAUGGCGGACUCCGACUUGGCUGGCCCCAUCUUGUUUGUUCUUCUAUUCGGUACUUUGUUGUUAUUGGCAGGAAAGGUGCAGUUUGGAUACAUUUACGGAGUUGGGCUCUUUGGGGUGGUGAGUUUACAUUUCCUCUUCAAAUUCAUGAGCCACGAAGUCCAAUUGGACUUUGUGAGAUCCGCCUCCGUCAUAGGCUAUUGUUUGUUGCCCUUGGUGUUGAUCAGUGUCCUAGGAGUAGUGAUCUCCUUGGACAACUUCCUCGGGUACCUCUUGAGUGGGUUUGCCGUAUUGUGGUGCUCUUACUCGGCUUCUGGCUUCUUUGUUGCCGUGUUGAAGCUUCAUAACGUCAGACCUUUAAUUGCAUACCCAUUGGGUAUGUUCUACACUGUUUUUGCAUUGAUGGCUAUCUUUGUCGAAAAGACGACCGUUUAA